UGGGAAGUCCGCGCUGCCCGCGCCGCUGGGGCAGGCGCAGGGCUUAAGUUGCGGAGGGAGGCGCAGGGGCUCAGACGGCGCUGGGCGGCCGCCAGCUCGCACCUGGCACCUGCACCUGCACCUGCACCUGGCACCUGCUACCUGCUCGGCCGGGCCGCGGUCGGGAUCCGUCUAGCGCCGCGUUCCCUCACGGGGGUGUGUUGGGGGGAGCCCUCUUUCCGACUGUCAAAAUGGUUAUCAAAGUGUUUGUUGCCACAUCUUCUGGUUCGAUAGCGAUUAGGAAGAAACAGCAAGAAGUAGUGGGCUUUUUGGAAGCUAAUAAGAUCGACUUUAAGGAAUUAGACAUUGCUGGAGAUGAAGACAAUAGGAAGUGGAUGAGAGAGAAUGUCCCUGGAGAGAAAAAACCUCAAAAUGGCAUCCCUUUGCCCCCCCAGAUCUUCAAUGAAGAACAGUAUUGUGGGGAUUUUGACUCUUUCUUCUCUGCAAAAGAAGAGAAUAUUAUUUAUUCAUUUCUUGGUUUGGCUCCUCCUCCAGGCUCAAAGGUGACAAAAUCAUCCGAGGAUGCAUCUUCCCUUCCCAAUGGUGAUGUAGUGGGAGAGGUACAGAGCACCGCAGAGGGAACAGAGAAGACUGAAGAGGCUGGAGAAAAUGAGGCACAAAAAGAGGACAAUGAAGAUGCAGGCAACCUCACUGAAUCUCAAGAGAAGAAUACGGAAGAGAUCACUGAUGAGGGAGCAGAAGGGGAAGCAGAGGAAGAGGAAGCUGAGAAAGGAGAGGAGGAGCCAGAAGAAGAAGAAGAAGCAGAAGCAGAAGAUUCUUAGGCCUUUUCAUGCUUCAUUUCUCCCCUCUUCCAGAAAACUCAAGCCAUGAAGCAGUAUUUCAACUGUCUCCCCACAAACCAAACUCAACAAAAUGCUUUGGCAUGAAGCUAGCACCCCUCUCUCGGUACACCCGGGGUUCCCCAAGGAAUUGUACCUACCUGACAUGGUUAGAUGUACGCGGGUAUGUCUAUCUAAUCUUAGCAACGUGAGAGUCCAUGUGAAGACAACUCCUCCAUACCUUCAUGUGCCUGACAUCUUUGGCUUUUGCUUAAUUUUUUUUUUUUUUGCUCUGCAUGAAUAGAUCUUCUUACUAAUACCCUGAAAAGAAAUGAUUUUGAAACAUGAUUUCCAAAUAUAGAACUUCUCUUUGUGAUGUAAUAAAAGCAUUUCUUCGUAUGUGCCUUAUGCCACCUGUCUCAGAAUGAGCUGAAAAUAAAGAGCUUUGAAAAUAAAGAGCUUUCCAGAGAACAAUCAUACAAAUAAAGAUUAAUAGCGGCUAUCUUC